GCUAAGGAGGAGGCAAUCAGCAUCUUGGGAACACAGCAAGAAGAAAGAGCAUCUCAAUCGGAGGCUGUGCAUUCACAAGGUCGUGCAACCUAUUAAGACGGCAUCCAUUUACUGGUGAACAUUAGCUGGCAUACAGGGCAUCAUUAUGAAGCACUCACCGCUGUGCAGCUAUUCGCCCAGCUUCAUCUUGGCAUAUGUAUUCAUCUCUGCCCUGUUAGCCUGUAUUUGCCUGGAUCCAAUGAGUUGCAAUGCUCAACAGACCGAUGACAUGAAAACAACUGAUAUGAUGCCCACGAGUAAUGACCACACGAUGACAACAUCGAUAAUGAUGGAUGACAACGAUAAGAUGAUGACGACAAUGACGAUGGCAACCGAUGAUCAACACAUGAUGUCGACAUCGCAAAUGAUGAGCGACGACGAUAAGAUGAUGACGACAAUGACGAUGACAACCGAUGAUCAUCACAUGAUGUCGACAUCGAAAAUGAUGAGCGACGACGAUCCUGUGAUGACGACAACGACGAUGGCAACCGAUGAUCAACACAUGAUGUCGACAUCGAAAAUGAUGGGCGACGACGAUAAGAUGAUGACGACAAUGACGAUGACAACCGAUGAUCAACACAUGAUGUCGACAUCGAAAAUGAUGAGCGACGACGAUCCUAUGAUGACGACGAUGAUGACAGCAGCUGAGAAGACCACAAACGAUGGCCACAUUACGUCCGAAAUUACUACCAUGGAUAGACAUCACAUGAUGACGACAGAUAUGAAUACGAGGAUGCAUGACAUGACGACAGACAUGGGAUUAGAAAAUACAUCGCAAACGGAUAUGAAGCCAACGAUGACACCAACGAUGAACAUGAAUAUGACUACAGGGAUGAUGUCCGAGGCUUCUAAAGAACACAUGAACGAUAGUAUGACGACUAUGAUGAACACAAGUGGUAUGAUCCAUCGCACCACACAACCACAACCAACUAUGGCGUCAUCAGACAUGAUGUAUACUCCCACAAUGCACCAUUCAUCAUCAGUGAUGGCGCUCUCCUGUUUCUCGUGUCAGGCCACAUUGAAGACGUCUGAUUGUUAUGGCAUACAGAAUGACUCAUCGCCCGUUGCUACCUGCGCACCUAAUGAGAUAUGUGGGACUGUAAUGUAUGACCAAGGGUCUGGAACUGACCUCGUUAAUGUCUCACGGGUCUGUUUCGCUGAAGAUUGUCCCAACACCGAGGUCGAUGACAUUGCUUGUGAGAUGUCUAACGCGCCACAUCGCCGCUGUGUUCAGUGCUGCUCGGAACAUAGGUGUAACAUGCACGUCAACAGCAAGGCAGCGACAUCAUUCACUCAAUCAAAAAUGGCGUCGCUUCAAGGUGGCCUUGUGUUACUUGUCUUUGUUUUAAUGACUGGAUAUUUAAGAUGUUGAAAUAUCUAAAUACGAUGAGAAAGAAAAAUCAGCCUUUACCACAAUAUAAUACUGUCAAAAAAUUUCCCUGGUAGGUCUACAUAUUUCCAAUGAUUGAGUUUGUGUCUUUGGUAUGCAUCACGUGAAUAAGGGUAAGUACAGACUUUUAAGUUUCAGGAAGACUUAAUUAAAUCACUGUAAAGUCUUUAAAAAAAUAACCAUAACAAACCAGAAAAACGAGCAAAUAUUCAAACAGAUGUGUAUAUUAAAGGUUAGUCAAUCUGGUUAUUUGUGAUUUAUCUAGACAUGGGCACCGUUCUAAGUAAAAACUAUUUUCUCCAUUGAUGAUUCAAGUAAAAUAUUUUGAAUUAUAAGAAAGUGAUGAUUAGUCAUUUCAGCUAAACCUAAAGACAUAAAAA